UUGCCUUUUCCAGUAAUUUUAGCGCCAUGUUUGCUUUACUAAAGUUCGUCAAUACAGCCAACAUAAGUGUAUAACCGUCCUAGCGGAACGCUGUCUCCUUUGUAAACAAGCUUUUACCCUUCCCUCCCCUUCCCCUUCUACUCCUUUUACGUUUACUCUUCCCUUCCUGCUUGUUACCUGUCGUUACUAAAUCCUUAGUCUCAGUACACAGCGCAGCAGACAGACUGGAGUCGUAUCCAAACCAACCUGUGCGCGCUUAAAGCAAAGACUGGCCGGUGCCUAAACAGUUAAAGGGGCACGGAGCCAUAAGUGCAAAGAAGAAGAUAUAUAUAUAUAUAUAUGUACAUGUGUGUACGAAACUGUGUUCUCUUUUCAUUUGUGGAAAAAUAUGCCAAAUAAUUACGGUUGUGCAAUUACAGUACGUGACACAAACAGCAUGUGAAUGCGAACGGCAAGAUUGUUCAAGCGCGUUUCGUCGUGAGAAGACGAGUCAUCCUUGUUCAUAUCCUAAAGAAAGAACUGGUGCAAGUGUUUAUACGUGCUGGGAAAUUAACCUUUUCUCGUGUGUCUUUUCCUACAGUGUUGUGUACAUAGAUAUAUAUAUAUAUAUGUCUAAUUUACAUACAAUAUAUAUGUAAAUUGCGUUACGUGCAAGAGAUAAUUUGUUGUUUCGAUAGACAACGCGAAUCGCUCUCUAAAGUAACGUGUGAGAGGUUAGAAGUUCGAAGAAAUGGAGAUAGAUGAAUGUUCAGCUGGAGGUGAUAGUGCAGCUGAAGAAGAUGAGGACGAAGCUUCGUCACAUGGUUCUAGGACUGACAGUAGCAGCAGCAGUGUGAGUGGCAGUAGUACAACAACGGACAGUGAGGAAGACAGUGCUGAGGAGCGUGCGACAAGCAGCAGCGAGAGUCACAGUUCCGCAGAAGAGGACGAAGAAGAAAACGAAAAUGGAGAAUAUAUGAUAAAUGGAGAAAAUCCCAAUGCUCUGAGAUGGGAAACUUGCGUGGCUGGAAACGUCAAAGUAAAAUUGCCACAGGAUCUUUGUGAAUACUUCAAUAUCUUCAAGGAAAUGUUGGAUUACCCACGUUUCUGGAACGAAUGUCUCAAUGACAGUCAAAGGGAAACCUUGUAUAAUUUUUUGCCAACUUUUCCAAAAGACUGCAAUGUAAAAGCGGAAAUGGAGAAGUCUUUGCAGAUGUUGUUCAAUAGAGAAAAUGACAGAUUUGGUGUAACGCCAUUGGACACGUUCCACAAUCACCUCUCCGCCGGUCAUUAUCGUCCCGAUAUAAGCAAAAUGCGCAGCUUGGUUCGUAAGGCGCAAAAGAAGAUAUUGUUGUUUGAGGAACGAAAACGAUCGUACGAUCUGGCGAGUCAGUUGCUCAAGUCACGGGAGAGUUUGCUGUCGAACGCGUACAAACAAGGUUUCAGUCAACCGUCGAAUCGAAUAGUAUCGAAAUUUCACUUGCGCAAGCCGAAACCGAUAAUGGUUGAAGAAAAGACUCAGCUGCGCUAUAUGGAGGAACUGAACGCGGUCCGGGCGGAACUCGGAUCCAACGCGAGACUUUCCGCCGACACGACGUCCGAGAACGAGGAAAACUAUCCGCAGUAUCAAACAACAGGCGCGAAGCAGAAAAAGAAACGUCGCACCAUGAGUUUGCAAGGAUUGUCGUUUAUUAAGGGCUUGCAACUCAGUCAGGAAGACGAAACAAUUCGACCUGUGUUUUCCACGUUGCAGCGAGCGGAAUACGCUCCGAGCAGAUCGCUGUUAGUACGCGAACUAACGGAGGAAAGUUAUCGCACCAUGUUAAUUGCACAUAAAAAACGACGGGCGCGUCGCGACGUUCAUCCCGAAUUGAACACCCAAGGAAUCGCUCUCGCCGAUCUGACGCAGAGAUCGCAAAUCGGUCAAAAGCACAAACUCUCGCUCGGCAAUUCCAUGAAGAUUACACCGGCCAAGAAGAAGAUCAAAGUAGAACAAAACUCGUCCACGUGUCCGCCCGCAUCAAAAUUAAUGAAUUCCGUGAAACACGAAAGUGAUAACAGUGAUUAUUCCCACACAACGGACGACAAUAAGCAAUCUAACGCGGUCGAAAUGGAUUACAACAAAAUAACACCGCCUAUAAAAUUAGAACCCGUCGAUGCGUACGAAGCACAUCAAUUAGCUAAACAGAAAAUGAAUCCGGUAAGUAUGAAGAGUUGCAAACCACCGAUACUCAAUACGUCCGAAAUAAAGAAGGAGAUUGAGGAUAUAGAAUACGUUGAAGUCAAGACCGAGUUGAAUUCAAGCGUGAAUGAAGAUGUUCUUGCCGAAACUGAAGAGGAAGUCGAAAGCGAAUGCAAGAAAGAACUUGAUUUGGAUAAUAUCGAUAUGAUGCAGCUGCCAAUUCAACUCGACGACGGAAUUGACAUACUCGACGAUGUCAAGUGCGAAGAUGAAGGUGUUAUAUCGAUACCGGAAAAGGAAGUGACUGUACCAUCCAGCGAAAGUACCAUAGACAUAAACAGCGGAGCGGAACUGAUGCAGGAAACACACGCGUGUUUCUUCUCAUUGUUGCGCGACGCUUUUACUUCCAAGGGAGAAUAUCGAAUGGGCAUGAUAGAGAUGAAAGAGGCAGUAAUGCAGUGGCAGAGCAAUCCUAUUUCGCCCUUGAACGAUUGGUAUUCUUUGGUAUCUUCUUGGCCCACACUGGUACCGUUAGCUUUGGGAUUUCUUGCUGGUGAAUUGACAUAUUCUCAAGAUUUGGAUCAACGCCAGGAACGAGAUCAAGAACUCGUGCCCUAUUUGGAAAACAAAGGUCGUGGCGUGUACGCGUGGAUCGGGGCGGGACGAGAUUCGGACGCUCGAUUACAGGAUCUGUGUACAAAAUUUCUUUUGUAUAAAGAUAUCUUGGCUCCGCCAAAUUCUUCGACCACCAACGCUGUAACGCCUGUUAAGUCACAGCAGACGCAGCUCAGCUCUUUGAAUAACACGAACAAUAGCACGAUCGCGAGCGGCAGUUCGCAAUGUGGCGGUAGUCCCGUAUCGGAAACCACUACCAUAGACGUUGGUGUUACCGGAACCGAAUGGGAACCGCCUCGUGCGCUGUUUCCUACGGAGUGGAAGGUCCGUCAGUCCACAACGGAAGAGCGCGAAGAAUUUCGAAGACAGGAACGAAUGCGUUACGCUGCGCCUCACAAAGCGUUUACGUAUCGCAUGCACGGUUACGCAUCUGUGGUCGGUCCCGUUAAAGGAAUUUAUCAGCACAAUGUCGCUUCAGGACAGUCUAAGGCGCGAGGUCACAAUUUACUGGUCGCGGAUCGUCCAAAUUUCGUGACGAUCUUAGCAUUGGUCAGAGACGCUACCGCCCGACUUCCGAACGGUGAGGGAACUCGGGCUGACAUUUGUCAAUUACUGAAGGAUUCGCAAUAUAUCAAAGAGCAAGGGAAUAACGACGACAAUCUACAUUCCGUGGUCUCGGGAGCGCUUGAUAGGUUACAUUACGAGGCAGAUCCUUGCGUUAGAUAUUAUCCUCGUCGGAAGGAAUGGCUUUAUCUCCAUCGAGCGCGGUCUGAAUCUGAAUUUGAAAUGUUUCAUCAACAAUUGCAAGGUAUUGCGAAGAACAAGAAGAGCGUUGGUGGUACGUCUCGGAAUAAGGCGUUACAGCCUGUUCCUAAAUUAGCUAAUGUAAACAAAGAACAAUCGCCGAAUAAUAAAGAGGUAACUCACAAAAAAGAAAGACGAACAAUGGCUAUACCUGCUCAACCCGUAAUGCCCAAAAAAGAACAGCGCAAGAUCGAGGAAAAAGUUAUAAACGAACAUUCGAUUUCUACUGAACAUUCCGUUAACACUAAUAUGGACAUAGCUGUCAGCACAAUAACAACGCCAACAAUUUCCGUCGUCGAAACUUCUGUUCCUGUUGCGUCACUCGUGACCUCGUCGCCUACGAUCGCGAGUUCAGCGAGUACGGAACGGGACAAUGUCACGGUGGAGACGAAGUCCCAACUCACGCCGAUAACAACAAUGAAAAAGGCGUCCGUUAUCGGAGGAAAACCGGUCGCCGUGGUGAAAGCGAACGCCACUCAGAGUCUUCUCCAAUCAAAUCAACAUAAUUUCUCACAUCAUCAAAUUCAAGUGUCCACAUCCGCUGGCUUGCAAACGAUUCGUUUGUCCGGACAUUCGGUAUUGCAGUCAGCGCAGCAAUCUGUUCCGGUUAAUAGUGGUUCUAACGUGACAAACGGAACAAGCACGAAUCUAACGACAAUAUUGCCGUCUACAAAAGUGCAAAAUCAGCACCAACAACCGACCAUAAUAACGAAUCAAGCGGGAAAGAGUAUCUUACAAACUACCAACUUAAAGCAACAGCAAUCGCAGCAACAACAACAGCAACAGCAACACGUAUUGCCAGGCAAAACUCUUUUGGCAGCGUCUCAGAUUAAAUUAGUUAGUCCGAGUCAAAUUAAAUCGUUGCUCUCGGGUCACGGUCUUCAGGGCCAGACCAUAUUUAUCAAACAAUCUUCACCAUCCAACAAUCAAACACAGCAGCAACAGCAGCAGCAACAACAACAACAGCAACAACAACAACAACAAUUAAAGCAGCAACUUCAGCAACAACAGCAACUUCAGCAACAGCGGGUCGUAGCUACUCAACAGCAAUCUGUGCAACAAACUCCGGGAAUGCAGCGCAUAAUCGCGCAAAUCGGAGGCAAGCCAAUUGCCGUGCAAAUACAACAAUCGCCCCAGCAGCAGCAGCAACAACAACAGCAACAAAAAAUAUUAGCGAAAGUCUUGACGAAUAGCGGCGGGGGACAAAUUAUAUCUGUCGAAAGUUUGCUCGCUCAAAAAGGAUUAAAGUUAGCUACUGCCGCUAGUCACAGCAAUCAGAUUAAUCGACAAGCCAAACAAGUUAUACAGGCUCAGUAUCAGGUUGUACCACAAGCGCAAACGUCGUCUGGUCAGUCGAAGAUAAUAGCAGUUAGCACACAGCACCAGCAAUCCCAACCGCAACAAACUCAGACCGUUCGAAUGGUUACUGCACAGCUCGCGGGAAAACCUAUCGUAUUGGCGAGUGGAAAUAAAAACGUUGGUGUCGCGGUGAGCACUAGCAGUGGUAACGUUGUGUUAGGCAAGCAGCCGACCUCUCAGCAGACGCCGCAACAGCAACAGCAGCAGCAGCAAACGCAACAACCGAUCAUUCUGCCGAGUCAGUUGCUUAAUAUCAAAGCGUUGCACGGACUCAAAGUGAUCCCCACGCCAUCCGGCUUGAAAACAGCGGGCGGUGCUGUGUACGCUCGAGUCAUCGCACCUACGACGAUAGCUUCCGCACAGUCUACGUCGAAUCAGCAGCAGACUCUGCAAAUGCAAUCACCAAGAAGUACUUCGUACGGUACACCUUGACAAGAUUAACGUUCUUAUACGUGUAUUCGUGUUUAAUUUCCAUUUAUAUAGUGUCGCUUUUAUCUGUUUACACGUUUGUUUUUAAAUUGAAGUAUUAAAAUAAAAUGUUAAGAUUUUUUUUUUCGAUAAAAGUCGU